CAUGUAUACAACAUAACAGCAAUGAAGAAUGUGGCUCCUCCUGCAACGACAUUUGCUGGUCGUCAGCAUCAUGCGCACGCUCCACAGCACUACCGCGCAGCGCCCCUGCACUAUACGAACCAGCACGAUCGAGACAAAUCGCGGCAGAUGCCGCCGAUCAAUUCAAGGUCCCAAAUACUUACUACCAGGAUACCGUAGCCAUCUCACGCCUCACACACGCCUGCCCUGACGCGCUGCUAUAUCCGGCGUCUGCGUGUGGGAACGGCUGCUGUCUUCAUUCGCAUCACUGAUUAUUGCACAUGUACUGACAAGCAAGGAAAGGAGAGGCACAAAUUUUUGCAAUGUCGCCCAUGGAAUAUUUGCUCACGCUUGCGUCGGCCUGUCGCUCGCGGCGGGCAUACGUUUUAGCUGCGUGCACGGGGCUCCAACCACUCUACCACAGGGUAACGACGCCUACAGCACCUCCCAGUAGUGCCUACAGCGCAAUCGAGAUCUGUCACACUGCUUUCUUGUACCCACUGCCCAGACAGGUGGUGAUGACACGGCAAUAUCUUCCGACAUCAGCUAGAUACCUUACGGGAUGUCUGGUCCAUCACCAGGCUGGCUUGGUAUAUCAAAACCAGAAUAAUUGCAAUGGUUCGUUCACAUCCGAACAGACUUCAAAGCACAACCAUCCGAAACAUCAACAGUUGCUUUACGUGCGAACGACACAGCUGGACCUUCAUGACAGAAUCCUAAAUCCAACGAGAUUUGACUUUAAGACGUUGUCACCAGUCCACGAACACUGCAAACUUGCACUCUUGCAGCGUCGCGCGUUUACAUUGGAGCAUGCACAGCUUUCAUAACACAGCAACACCAAGUACGAUGUGCUCAUUUUCGAGUGGCGUGCUCAUGCUCGCGAUGGUUUUUGAGUGGCACCGACGCCUCUCGCCUCCCGCGCAAUAACGGCCUACGAUAUCAUAUCA